CUGAGAUGUCAUCUCGGAUAAAUUAUUUAUUUAUAAGGAUUGAGCUCGUGAGCAUUACGCAUGUUUAUUAACUGAUCAUCUCCUGGGUUAUUAUUUUAUUUAUUUGUUUGUUUGUUUUUUUACGUGAUAUUGGACUCAAAACAAAACAACAUUCAUCACUAAACAUAUCCAAAGAUAUAAAUGGCCUGAGGAAUGCUUUUUUUUUUUGUGAACCCGCUGUAGCUUUAGGUGAUGCAGACAGACACGACGCUUAAUGCGGAAGUUGGGUCCUUUCUCCAAACACGUCACGUUCUGAAGUCCGCCAAUCACUUCCAGCGCGAUUGAUGACAAGAAGGGGAUUAGAGCUACACAGAAGUCAUUUGGCACACACAGGCUGGUGAAUCAUCGAGGCUGAGCACAAAAGCCACUUCAACGUCACACAGUGAGAGACAGGGGAGGUCAACACGACAACAUGCCUAGGGCGAGAAGGAGCAGCAAGCAUCAUGACGUUUGGGAUUGAGAUCAAGAAGAUCUACACCAAAAAGCCUUAGCCAAUUCAUUCUCUACUGAAAGUACAACUCAUUUCUUCAGUUGCGGGGUUUUUUUUCUUUCAUUUGAGCUUUCUUCACCCAGCUCAUAGUGGGGUCAUUGUGAACUUUUUAUGGCAUCCAUGGACAGCAUCACCUACUGAAGGGUCAGAGAUGAAAGGAUGAGACAGAAAUGAUGGCUUACCUUGAAAAGAAAACUGGAGAACAACAGCAGCCUGACUCAAAGGGAAUAAACACCUUGGGCAAGGAGGAGGUGGAGUCAGGCCAUUUUGAAGCAGACACAAAUAGCGAAGAUCUCCCGAACAUCAGGACCCCCAGCGUGAUCAAUGUGAGCCCCUUCAGCAGUUCAGUAGGCGGCUGGGAGACUUCCAAACCCCCGCAGUACCUCGACCCCAACACCCAAGACCCACAUGUGCCCAUCGGCUGGCCUCCUGAGACAUCAAAUUCACUCCCUAUCUACAAAAAACACAUCAUUAAGACGUCUUAUAAUUCACACAGGGCGUCCAUCAUUAAAGUGCAGCCCUUCAUCCAUGGAGAAAACCUGUCAAACUCUCGGUCCGUGUGCUGGGCAGACAAACCACGCAAACUCCUGAUACUGCUGAUGGUCAUUUGUUUGUUAAUAGGACUGACUCUGGUUCUAGGAAUUGGUCUGGGAGUGGGUUUGAGUUGCUCUGGAAAAUUCCACUGUGUCUCUAUGGGGUGUAUCAGUAGAUCUGCUGUCUGUGACGGAGUCAAAGACUGUGGCGAGGGAGAGGAUGAACUCAACUGUGUGCGAGUAAGUGGGAGACACUCCGUCCUGCAGAUUCACAGCAGGGGCAUAUGGAGCUCCGUGUGCUGGGAGAACUGGAGCGCCAAUCUGGGAAUGUCUGCCUGCAAACAGCUCGGCUAUAACAGUUAUGUGAAUUCCACUUCCAUCCCCCUCUCUUCUGUCGAGUCGGCCUUCAAGAAAAACAUAGUGAUGAUUAGCUCCCGCUUUCCCAUUCAUUAUCAAACCUUCAAAAUUCACAACAGCUCCUUCCUCAGAAACGUUCAGUGCAUGUCCAGUUUGGUCACAGUACUCAAGUGUAUAGACUGUGGUACCAGACCCAGUUUCAGGACCCGGAUUUCAGGGGGAAAUGUUUCUCUCUCUGGGCAGUACCCAUGGCAGGUCAGCUUGCAGUAUCAGAGUCAGUAUCUCUGUGGAGGAUCGCUCAUAACCAACCAGUGGAUUGUCACUGCUGCACACUGUGUAUAUGGAUUUGCUAAUCCUGCUUUAUGGAUGGUUCGUGUGGGCCUCACAGACCAGCCUGUAAGUGGAGCAGCAGAUCUCUCCGUGAAGAAGAUCUUCUUCCAUAGCGCAUAUUAUCCUGAAGGCCUUAGCUACGAUAUCGCACUCAUUAAACUGACGCAGCCGCUCACAUUCAACGGUCAGAUACAGCCCAUCUGUCUGCCUAACUAUGAUGAAGCAUUCAGUUCAGGAUCCAUGUGCUGGAUAUCAGGAUGGGGAGCCACAGAAACAGGCGGAGAGGUGAGUGGGUCUCUACACUCUGCCCUGGUUCCUCUCCUCUCUAUUCGAGAGUGUAGAAUCCCGGGACUUUCAUCAUGGAAUAUCUGCGCUGGGUAUCUAACAGGUGGAGCUGACACAUGCCAGGGGGACAGCGGUAGUCCACUGGCCUGUCAAUCCUCGGUGUGGAAGCUGGUAGGAGCAGCGAGCUGGGUUCAGGGCUGCGGAAAAACGAACGACCCAGGAGUUUACACCAGUGUAACAUACGCUCUUCCGUGGAUACACCAGACCAUGGAGAAAGAAGAGGAACGGAGUGUGUGAGCAUCAGGACCACAGAAUACGACUUGGAAGUGUGCUGAGAACUAUUUCACACAAUCAGUACACAAGCUACACUGAGGCACUGUCACACUUCUAUAUGGCUUAGGAGCACAAUACAGUAGCUGUGUUACUCUGUGCUAUCACACAUGGCUAAGCAUUAGCAUGUGUUUAAGCUGUUUGAGAGGUUUAUGUUAGAUUUAUAUAUUUAUUUAUGCAACCUAUUUAUUUUUAAGCCACACAAAGCUAAAGGCAGGACUUUAAACAUGUAUUAGAAAUAAACAAUAAAACGAAAUGUCUGACUGCAUCACAGUCAUAAAUGAUUGCUAGGUAAUAGCCUCCUAGCUAAAUAAUAGUUUAAUAGUCUAAAUAAAAUCAACUGUAGGCUAAAUUCACACCGCACAUGCUAGGGGACACAGUGCCUCAGUUAUAAAUGUUUCAGUCCACUACGUUAGAGAGAAGUAAAGAUCAUCAGUGAGCUAAGAAGCUCUUCAUAAUUUAGGUUCGAAUUGCGCUAGUCGUUAUUUCAUAACUUUCCAAGCAGCUAGGACAUGAAUUAAAAAUGUAAAUCAUUAAAAACAUACUGAACCCUGCACGGCCAGCUAGCUAACCUCUAUGCUAACAACGACUAGCAUUUCAGUAAACAAACAGCAUAGUGACCAUAUGGUGUCUGGCAGAAAUAUAUUUUUUGUAGUAUUUUCUAAAACAAGAAAACAUUUAGUACCUCAGAGGCCUAGAGAAAUUUUUGUUUAAAAAUAAUUAAAAUGGGGCAGCAUGGUGGCUAGCACUGUUGCCUCACAGCAAGAAGGUCCUGGGUUCGGGUCCCAGGUUCGAACAGGCAGGGGGCCUUUCUGUGUGGAGUUUGCAUGUUCUCCCCGUGCCUGUGUGGGUUUACUUUGGUUUCCUCCCACAGUCCAAAAACAUGUACAUUAGGUUGAUUGGUCAUUCUAAAAUUUGCCUGUGUGUGUGGUUGUCUGUCUAUAUGUGGCCCUGUGAUGGACUGGUGACCUGUCCAGGGUGUACCCCUGCCUUUCGCCCUGUGUGUGCUGGGAUAGGCUCCAGCAGAUCCCCGUCAGGAAUAAAGCGGGUAUAGACAAUGAAUGGACGGAUAAUUAAAAUAAAUUACGAUCCUGUUAUCGGCAUAUUAAGAGCUAACAAGCAGACAUAAUUUUUUUGCUGGUAUAAAACAUCGAAAUAACCAAGGAGCAAAGGCUCUUUACUCAAUUAUUGAGUUUAUUAUAAAACAGAGAAAGGCAAACAUGAGCACGAGUGUGAAAAGCAGCUCGAGUAGCAUAAAAAGAGUUCCAUUUUGAAUUUCACCUGAAAAAUGUUCCUAAUAAUAAAUGAAGGCUAUGGGGAGGGGGGCACACUAGCGUCGUGCCCCGUGUAAUCAUACUCAUUCGUGGUUAGCCAAGUCCUGUUAGCAUUACAUUAGCAUAUUCAGGUGAGGUGUUCGGUUUAUAAAGCUCGUAGGGAAACAUGCAGCAUGUGGAAACCCACCAUGCAAAACUCAGUGAAGUCGGAUCAGUGCUGAUUUUUCUUUUCUUUUCUUUUUUUUUUUUUUGUUUACCACAUACAGCGAUGGCUGGAAAAUAAAACGUGAUAAGAAAGCUUGAGAGAAAAGAAGCAAAAAAAAAAAAAAAAAAAACCCCAAACAA